AUGAUCCUCUUCUUGAUAGCCGGUUUUGGGUUGGCUGCGGGGCAGAACUUGCAGCUCGACGAAGAAGACCCUUGCCAUACUCUCGACGGAGGCCAGGGCGUUUGUACCUUACGCAGCCGAUGCAACACCCUCGGAGAAUUAGAGCUGAACCGCCCUCCAUUCUGUGGCUUCAAACGCUUUGAACCGAUCGUCUGCUGCCCCACCAAUCUAAAAACCACGACUAGCCAGGGGAAAAAGGUGGAGCAAUUUUGUAGGCUGUUGAAUCAAGGAUUCUCGAAUAUCAACAAUGUCAGAAAAGUCUUGGGCGGUAAUGAGUCUGCACCUAGGACACAUACCUAUAUGGUUUUGAUCGGCUUCGGGAAAAGGGAGAAGAUAAACUGGAGUUGCGCUGGUUCUCUCAUUACGGCAAGAUAUGUCUUGAGUGCAGCUCAUUGUUCUGAUCCCCCUGAAAUAGGUCCUGCCAAAUGGGCCAGGUUAGGAGAAUUGGACCACAAUUCCACUUCGGACGACGCUAAACCUGUCGACAUGACCAUUGUCGAGAGGAUCCGACACCCGAAAUACAUACCAAGACAGAAAUAUAAUGACAUCGCCCUCUUCAAAUUGGAUAGUGAUGUCGUUUACAAUAAUUAUAUAUUGCCGAUAUGCCUCCACACUAAGCGGCAGAUAACCACAAAGAUUGCUACUGUGAUUGGUUGGGGAAGAACUGGAUAUUAUGAUGACUAUAGCAACAAGCUACUUGAAGCAGCUAUAGAAGUCUACAAUGACACGGAAUGUAAAAGGCUAAUGUUCAGCAAGAUUACGCCUGAGAUACGAUAUGGUCAUGAAGCAGAUCAGAUGAUUUGUGCUGGAGUGCCAGAUGGGAGCAAGGAUGCCUGCCAAGGUGAUUCUGGUGGUCCAUUGGUUGUACUUGAAAAAGGUAUGCGUAUCAGGACUCAACUAGGAAUUACAUCCUUUGGGAGGAAAUGCGGAAGUCCAAAUUCUCCUGGGGUGUACACCAGGGUCUCAAAUUAUAUAUCCUGGAUAGAGGAGGUAGCUUUUGGAGACUUUGUCAUUUCUUAG